AUGAAGGAACAAAAUCCACCCGAAACGCUUCAAAGUCUCCUCAAAUAUGAGCACAAGCCUGGUCAGGCACAAAGGUUUCUCGCUCGCAUGGGAAAGGAUUUCAGAUGGCCCUCCUCCAUGCCAGAAUAUCUCAGAAGACAUUCCUUCAGAAUAAUUGCUGACGUUGAGUUCGAAUUUGAUGACGAAGUUGGGUUUAAUUUCAUAUUUUUCUACAAUGCACUCGAUAGAGGUGAAUUUACGGGACAUGAAAACGAGUGGGUGACGGUAUACAACCAGAAGGUAGUAGAAUAUGGAAAGGAGUAUAGCAAUGAUCAAUUGGACUACGUUCUCGAAACUAUGCCUGGUGCCAUCCAACAUCUGGUUGAUCAGACACAUCUGCCACUACGUAGUAAGCCGGCGAAGAUGGUGAUUUCUCAGCGCGCUAAUAGUGGAGAUGAUUACAAGGUCAGGAUUCGCAUCAGAAGACCCAAUGAAAAUAAUUUGAUUGUUAUUUUUUCAAUACUUGGGAGGCAGGGAUGUAGUACAAACCUAAGAAGAGCUGGGGGUUAUGGAGCACCUGCGGAACAAGUUUGUGCAGCUAGGGUGUUUGAGGUGUCUAUUGGGGAUGAUCAUAACUGGAGCAAGUGGGUUCAAGCCAAAAUUUUACUCUGGGAAAAUGAUCCUGGUAAUCAAGUUGAAUAUGCCCUUGUUUACAGAUAA